GAGCCAAACACCGGAAAUUCAGAAUAACAAGCACGGGAAAAAAAAAACUCCCAUAAGUCAGUGAGGCAUCAUGGCGGACGGUAGAGAGAAAGCGUUGCAGGACUACAGGAAAAAAUUACUCGAACACAAAGAAGUUGAUGGGCGGUUAAAAGAACUAAGAGAGCAACUGAGAGAACAAACUAAACAGUAUGAGAAGUCAGAGAACGACUUGAAGGCUCUUCAAAGUGUCGGACAGAUUGUUGGUGAAGUGCUCAAACAGCUGACAGAAGAAAAGUUCAUUGUCAAGGCCACCAAUGGACCACGAUAUGUUGUUGGAUGCCGUAGACAAUUGGACAAGUCACAACUGAAGCCCGGCACCAGAGUUGCCCUAGAUAUGACCACGCUCACUAUAAUGAGAUACCUGCCGCGAGAAGUGGACCCUCUUGUGUACAAUAUGUCCCACGAGGAUCCUGGAAGUGUCUCCUACUCAGAGAUCGGAGGUCUUUCUGAGCAGAUUCGUGAGCUAAGAGAGGUGAUAGAGCUUCCUUUGACCAACCCUGAGCUGUUCCAGAGAGUUGGGAUCAUCCCUCCAAAAGGCUGUCUACUCUACGGACCACCAGGAACUGGGAAGACCCUUCUUGCCAGAGCAGUGGCCAGUCAGCUGGACUGCAACUUUCUCAAGGUGGUGUCCAGUUCCAUUGUGGACAAGUAUAUCGGCGAAAGCGCAAGACUGAUCAGAGAAAUGUUCAACUACGCACGUGACCACCAGCCGUGCAUCAUCUUCAUGGAUGAAAUAGAUGCAAUUGGUGGUCGUCGUUUCUAGGGAACAUCAGCAGACAGAGAGAUCCAAAGGACUCUGAUGGAGCUCCUUAACCAGAUGGACGGUUUCGACACACUGCACAGAGUGAAGAUGAUAAUGGCCACCAACCGACCCGAUACCUUGGAUCCAGCGCUGCUGCGACCUGGCAGACUAGAUCGUAAAAUCCACAUUGAACUGCCCAACGAACAGGCACGUUUGGACAUCCUAAAGAUUCACUCCAGCCCCAUCACCAAGCACGGGGAAAUAGAUUUCGAAGCCCUCGUCAAACUGUCGGACGGAUUCAAUGGAGCCGAUCUGCGGAACGUUUGCACAGAAGCAGGGCUAUUCGCUAUCCGCGCUGACCGGGAGUACGUGACUCAGGAAGACUUUAUGAAAGCUGUGAGGAAAGUGGCAGACUCGAAAAAGCUGGAGUCCAAGUUGGACUAUAAGCCCGUGUAAAACCUUUGCAUGUAAAAAAAAAAAAAGAAGGAAACCUUUUUGUCCACCUGAUGUUAUCCAUUUUACUAUCGUGGAUUUUCUGUAUUAAAAGCUACUGCGCCAGAGAAAUUUUAUGUCCAAA